ACUACAGCUCAGCAUCCCUGCCUGAAUCCAACAGCAGAGCCAUUUUGCCUUUGGAUUGGAGAACAUAAGGGCAACUUGAUCUCAUCCCCCCAGCAAUUCAUUCUCAGCCAGACCAGAGAACACAUCCAGUUACAAAAUCUCCGCAAGGGUACAUUGUGGGUGCUGUCUGUCUGUCUGUCUGUCUGUGGGGGGGUUGCUGUCAUUCUUAGCUGCCCAUUCAGGAGCUGUCAUUUACUCAGAAACUGUCAACCAGGAACAAGCAACAACAUAGAGAACGACAUACAGGAGCUAAAACAAAAAGCUAUUGGGUUUCACAGGCACAAAAAGGUACUUGAAGGUUGCUCAGGCCGUCGCUGUUCGGUGAGCUCCCAGCACGAUGGCAGCAGCGUCGGUGAAGGUGGCGGUGAGGGUCCGCCCCUUCAAUUCCAGGGAGAUCAGCAAAGAUUCCAAGUGCAUUAUACAGAUGACAGGAAACACUACCACCAUUCUCAACCCCAAACAGCCUAAAGAGAACAAGAGCUUCAACUUUGAUUAUUCUUACUGGUCCCACACCUCUCCAGAAGAUAUAAACUAUGCAUCACAGCAGCAGGUUUACAGAGACAUUGGGGAGGAGAUGCUGCAGCACGCCUUCGAGGGAUACAAUGUCUGCAUCUUUGCCUACGGACAGACUGGAGCUGGCAAAUCCUACACCAUGAUGGGCAGGCAGGAGAAGGACCAACUGGGCAUCAUUCCAUUGAUGUGUGAAGACCUGUUCUCCAGAAUCAAUGAUGGCAAUAUUGACAACAGCCUGUCCUAUUCUGUGGAGGUGAGCUACAUGGAGAUCUACUGCGAGCGAGUGCGUGACCUGCUGAACCCCAAGAACAAGGGCAACCUGCGAGUGCGAGAGCACCCUCUCAUGGGCCCAUACGUGGAGGACCUGUCCAAACUGGCUGUGACCUCCUACAAUGAUAUCCAGGACCUCAUGGACUCUGGGAACAAGGCCAGGACUGUGGCAGCCACCAACAUGAACGAGACAAGCAGCCGCUCCCAUGCCGUUUUCAACAUCAUUUUCACACAGAAAAGACAGGAUGAGGAAUCUGACAACACCUCCGAAAAGGUGAGCAAAAUCAGCUUGGUUGAUUUGGCGGGCAGUGAAAGGGCGGAUUCCACAGGUGCCAAAGGGACCAGGUUAAAGGAAGGUGCAAAUAUCAACAAAUCUCUGACAACUCUGGGGAAGGUUAUCUCAGCCUUGGCGGAAGACUCAGGAUCCAAUAAGAACAAGAAAAAGAAAAAGGCAGAAAACUUCGUCCCCUACAGAGACUCGGUAUUGACUUGGCUUCUGAGGGAAAACCUGGGUGGAAACUCCCGUACUGCUAUGGUGGCUGCGCUCAGCCCUGCUGAUAUCAACUACGAUGAGACUCUCAGUACUCUCAGGUACGCAGAUCGGGCCAAGCAGAUCCGCUGUAACGCAGUGAUUAAUGAGGACCCCAACAACCGGCUGGUUCGAGAACUAAAGGAGGAAGUGUCCCGACUGAAGGACCUGCUGUUAUCACAAGGACUGGGAGACAUCAUAGCAACGUUUCCAGGGAAGAGCAGCGAGAUUGCCGGUUUGAAAUACAUAUCCGAUUUCAAGAACAAUAACAAAAAUCACCAAGCUGUCAAUCAAAGGGGUGAUCUUUCCACAGUGGCCAAUGCGACGACAGGGAUGAGCCCCUCUCCCUCUCUCUCCACCCUCUCCAGUCGGGCCGGAUCCAUCAACAGCCUCCAUGACCGGAUCAUGUUCAGUCCUGGCAGCGAGGAGGCCAUUGAGAGGCUCAAGGAAACUGAGAAAAUCAUCGCUGAGCUCAACGAGACGUGGGAGGAGAAACUCCGCCGGACAGAAGCCAUCAGGAUGGAGAGAGAGGCUCUGCUUGCAGAGAUGGGCGUGGCCAUGCGCGAGGAUGGAGGCACAGUGGGCGUGUUCUCACCAAAGAAGACCCCUCACCUCGUGAACCUGAAUGAAGAUCCUUUGAUGUCCGAAUGUCUUUUGUACUACAUUAAAGAUGGAAUCACCAGGGUGGGCCGCGAGGACGCUGCCAGCAGACAGGAUAUUGUGCUGAGUGGACACUUCAUCAAGGAAGAACACUGCACUUUCACCAGCACAACCUGCCCACUGGGAGAAGUUUCAGUUAUCUUGGAGCCGUGUGAAGGAGCAGAAACCUACGUUAACGGGAAGAAAGUUUCUGAGGCUACUAUCCUCCGAUCAGGAAACCGCAUCAUCCUGGGGAAGAGCCAUGUGUUCCGUUUCAAUCACCCUGAGCAGGCGAGACAGGAACGAGAACGUACCCCCUGUGCCGAGACCCCAGUUGAGCCUGUUGACUGGGCCUUUGCACAGCGCGAGCUGCUCGACAAACAGGGCAUUGACAUGAAGCAGGAGAUGGAGCAGCGACUACAGGAGUUGGAGGAUCAAUACCGAAGGGAGCGAGAGGAAGCAAACAACCUCCUAGAGCAGCAGAGGCUGGAGUAUGAGAGUAAGUUGGAAGCUCUGCAGAAGCAGGUGGACUCGCGCUAUUACCCAGAAACCACAGAGGAGGAGGAAGAGCCUGAGGAAGAAGUGCAAUGGACUGAGCGAGAGCUGGAGCAGGCUCUGUGGGCCUUCCGGAAGUGGAAGUGCUACCAGUUCACCUCGCUGAGAGACCUGCUGUGGGGGAACGCCAUCUUCCUGAAAGAAGCCAACGCCAUCAGCGUGGAGCUCAAGAAGAAGGUUCAAUUCCAGUUCGUGCUGCUGACGGACACCCUGUACUCUCCUCUGUCCACUGAUUUACUGCCCCUCGAUGCUGCCAAGGACCGGGAGAAGCAUCCCUUCCCACGCACCAUUGUGGCUGUAGAGGUCCAGGACCAGAAGAAUGGGGCCACCCACUAUUGGACUCUUGAGAAACUCAGACAGAGGCUGGAUCUUAUGCGGGAGAUGUACGAUCGCGCAGCAGAGGUGCCCAGCAGUGCUAUUGACGACUGUGAUAAUGUCAUGACUGGUGGAGACCCUUUUUACGAUCGCUUCCCAUGGUUCCGCCUGGUGGGCAGCACCCACAUUUUCAACACAUGCAUGAGCGAGCGCAUGGCAGAUCUCACCCCCUCCCCCACCCUCUCCAACCCUGACUCUGACAUUACCGAGCUCGCAGACGAGCGGCAUGAUGGGAAGGUGGAGGAGGAGGAGGAUGAGGAGUUGGAGGACCUGGAAGAUGAGAUCUUUUUGGACGACCCGUGUUCCGAGCUGGGGGGAGAUGAGGGAGAGCACUGCCCAUUCUCCGGCGAAGGCCAGGACCCCUUUUAUGACCGCUCACCUCUAUUCAGUGUAGUGGGAAGGGCCUUUGUGUACCUCAGUAACCUGCUGUACCCAGUCCCACUGGUGCACCGCGUCGCCAUCGUCAGUGAGAAGGGAGAAGUGAAGGGAUUCCUCAGGGUGGCUGUGCAGGCCAUUUCUGCUGACGAGGAGGCCCCAGACUAUGGCUCUGGUGUGCGACAGUCUGGGACGGCUAAGAUAUCCUUUGAAGACCAACAGUUUGAGAAGUACCAGACAGAGUCGUGUCCAGUGGGAAUGUCUCAUUCAGAAACCUCGCAGGAAGAGCUGAGGAUCGUGGAAGGGGAGGGGCAGUCCUCAGACCUGGGGCCCUCCGCUGAUGAGGUCAACAACAACACCUGCGAAGUUAGUCCAGAGGAGCUUGACAGUCCACUGAAGCUGAGCACAGAGACACAGGCAGAGGGAUCGCUGGAGCAUCUCAAAAUCGGCAGCAUCUUCACCUUCCGUGUGACAGUGCUGCAAGCCUCCAGCAUCUCUGCUGAGUAUGCAGACAUAUUCUGUCAGUUCAACUUUAUUCACCGUCACGAUGAAGCGUUCUCAACUGAACCACUGAAGAACACAGGCCGCGGCCCUCCACUGGGAUUCUACCAUGUUCAAAAUAUCGCGGUUGAGGUUACCAGAUCAUUUGUGGAGUAUAUCAAGACCCAGCCUAUUGUGUUUGAAGUUUUUGGGCACUACCAGAGACAGCCCUUCCCACCUCUCUGCAAGGACCUCAUCAGUCCACUGAGGCCCUCAAGAAGGCAGUUUCCCCGAGUCAUGCCCUUAUCCAAACCAGUGCCUGCAACCAAGCUGACCACCCUGAGCCGCCCGACUGCAGGGCCGUGCCACUGCAAGUAUGACCUGAUGGUAUUCUUUGAGAUCUGCGAGCUGGAAGCAAACGGAGACUACAUCCCAGCAGUGGUGGAUCACAGGGGUGGGAUGCCCUGUCAUGGGACCUUUUUGCUGCAUCAGGGUAUCCAAAGAAGAAUCACUGUUACCAUUGUGCACGAGACAGGCGGUGACAUUGAGUGGAAGGAAGUGAGGGAGCUGGUUGUUGGUCGUCUCCGUAACACCCCAGAGGCCGAUGAGACGAUCAUUGACCCCAACAUCCUGUCUCUGAACAUCCUCUCGGUCGGAUACAUCCAGCCCAGCCAGGACGACAGACAGUUUCUUGAUUCGGAUAUGCCUAGCAUUUCGAUGGGAAGUGACCAUAGAACCUUCUACCGUUUUGAGGCUGCCUGGGACAGCUCAAUGCACAACUCCCUGCUACUGAACCGUGUUACACCUUACGGGGAGAAAAUAUACAUGACCCUGUCAGCUUACCUAGAGAUGGAGAACUGUACUCAACCAACAGUGAUUACCAAAGACUUCUGCAUGGUGUUUUACUCCAGAGACGCCAAAUUACCUGCGUCUAGAUCCAUCCGUAACCUCUUCGGCAGUGGAGGACUCAAGGCAUUGGAGAGUAACCGUGUUACUGGUGUUUAUGAGGUCAGCCUGUGUCACCUGGCGGAUGCUGGAAGCCCAGGCAUGCAGAGGAGGCGCAGAAGGGUCCUAGAUACAUCAGUGGCCUAUGUACGAGGAGAAGAGAAUCUGGCUGGAUGGAGGCCCCGCAGUGACAGCCUCAUUCUGGACCACCAAUGGGAACUGGAGAAACUCAGCCUACUGCAGGAAGUUGAGAAGACCCGGCACUACCUGCUGCUGCGGGAGAAGCUGGAAACGCUGCUACUGUGCGGCCAAGACUCCCUGCUGGCCUGCGAGUACCCCACAGAGCCUCAUAGCAUCUCCUCCCUCACAGACAGGGCCCCCCAGGGCCCGAGCAGUGCCCCUGACAGCCCCAGUGAGAGACAGAAAGAGCUGGCCACCAAGUGCCUGCGGCUCCUCACUCACACAUUCAACAGAGAAUACAGCCACGUGUGCGUCAGCGCCAGUGAGAGCAAGCUGUCUGAGAUGUCGGUCACCCUGCUGAGGGAUUCGUCGGCCUCGAUGCUGAGCAGCACACUGACCCCCUCCUCGACCUGCCCUUCACUGGUAGAGGGGCGCUACAACAACACUGAGCUCAGAACCCCAGAGCCACGCUCCAGAGCUGUCAGCCCAGAUCCCGAUACUGUUCCGGAUGGAGAGAUGAAGUCUCCCAGUGGAGGGCAGGAGAUCAAGAGGAGAGUGCGAGCCUUUGUUCCUGAUAUCCAGGAGAUCCGUGUCAGUCCGAUCGUGUCAAAGAAGGGCUAUCUGCAUUUCUUGGAGCCGCACACCAACGGCUGGGUCAAGCGCUUUGUGGUGGUGCGCCGUCCAUACGUCUACAUCUACAACACUGACAAGGACAGCGUAGAGCGUGCCAUCCUGAACCUGUCUUCUGCUCAGGUUGAGUACAGUGAAGACCAGCAGGCUAUGCUCAAGACCCCAAACACGUUUGCAGUGUGCACUGAGCAUCGUGGGAUACUGCUGCAAGCAAACACCGACAAAGACAUGCAUGACUGGCUGUACGCAUUCAACCCCCUGCUGGCCGGAUCUAUCAGAUCAAAGCUCUCGAGAAGAAGAACUGGACAGAUGAGGAUCUGAAUAGCCAAUCACUUUUCAGAGAAAAAUGACUAACUUUGUAUUUAGAUCACCUGAUUGAACACACCAGUCUUAUGCUGUUCUGUCUCUUCUGUAACCUGCCUGCUCUUGCACAUGCUCAGUUUACCACCGUAAAACCAAGAAGAAAAAAACCCAGGGCUUCUAUCUUUGUUGUGAGACAGAGGCUGUCUCUGACUCGCUGCUGUUUUGGGGGGACCCCCAAAUCUCCACCCCAGCCAGUUUUCCUCUGGUCUCUCUAGUCCUGAAGAGCUGCUGUGGUUCUCCCCUGUUGAAAGAGCUUCACAGUUCAUGUACUGUACUCCUUCUCUGUACAUGCAGGUAUGGGGCUUCAAUCCCACCCUGUCAUUCCCCCAUCCCAAGAAUUACUCCCCUUUAAUUACUUACAAUUUUGAAGCAAAAACAUUUAUGAAGCCAUAUGUAUCUAGCUUGGUGAAUGAUACAUUGAAAGUGACUGGCACACAAAGAGGUACACCACCUACAUCUUGGAACCAGUGUUCUAUCUUCUAACAAUCUACAGAAUGUUACACUUCUCUGGUUUCAUCACAGCACCUGGGUCAGUGUUAUACUAAACAACAAGUAUUUUAUCCAGAGUUUAGCCAGUCCUGCUAGCAGUGUGUCUGUGCAUAUCGGUUGUUUUACAAAAAAAAAAAAAAGGUAACUUUUAACUAAUACUCCUUGUAGGGUAUGAGCCAAGCUGACUACCCUAUGUACUAACAAUUUGUGAGAGAGCAAGGUAACUGAAGGCGCAGUAGUACUAAGUAAUGUUUCUUUGUCAUGUCUUUUGUGUGAAAAUAAUUGAAAGUAGAAUAUUCAUAAUUAACUUGUUGCAGAUUAUUUAAAAAUAUAUUUAUUUAUUGAUCUCUAUAUUUGUGUAUUUAUUCGCAUUUUGCACUUUUUUUUUAAAUUAAGUAUCUCUAAACACAUUAAAGAGCAAAACAAAUGUAUCACCCGGUGUGCUUGCAGUUUGCCGUAGAGCCAACGCUGAAGUGUCCUUGUUGUACAGUUUAAACUCUGAGCUGAACGCUUGUUGACCAAAAAAAGCCAAACUUGGGCAGGAUCUUGGAAAUGAUUGUUUCCAAAUUGCCGAUGACCUAACAGGAAAGUGCUUUUAGAAGAGGUGUGAUUUAAAAAGCUGUCAGGUUGUCACAGGGCUCAUUUCUUGGUUAUCAAAGGAUAGUUCUGAGAGGCAAGUAAAAUCAGUUGGGACAUAAACAUGGAUGUGUUAAUGAUGGCUACACCUAUAGGGAAUGUGUUUCUUAACAAAAUGUGUGAAUUUUAACAAAGUCUUAAAUCCCUUAGUCUGUAACUAACUCGAUCCAAGUGCAAAGUAAACCAAGCACUAAUAAGGCUGUUGUAAAGAUUUGAAACGGAUCUGUUUUAUUGUCAUGGAAUUAAACCGAUCAGUUGCGGAGCAUUUAAGGCAUUACAUUUUCGGUCCAGAUUGUUUGUUGUACUUGCAUAAAUUGGAGGCUUGAGUCAUACAGGUAGUGAAUAAAAAAAUGGAAACACCAAUGUGAAGUCACUCAAUAGGGUGUUGGGCCACUAUGGUAUCCCGCUCUGUGGAGUUCUCGGCGGACCGUUUUUGAUGAAACUGGCUGCUCGCUCCCCAGGUUGAAAUUUGCAGUCAAUUGAUCUGCAGUUGCUCGCCUGUUUUGUCUUGCACUUCGAAUUAAUGCAUGGGUAUCACGAUCCUGGAGUAUGCACGUCCGCCCACUGUUGUCCUUUGCUGAUGAUGUCUUUCCCUCGGAGUUCCAUGCCGACAUCACCUUAGACACCAUUGCUCAUGAAACAUCAGCAAGUUGAGCUGUCUUGGUCACUGAAGCUCCUACCAAACGCACCCCAACAAUCACCCCUCUUUCAAAGUCACUGAGGUCUCCUCUUGCAGCCAUGCUAGCCAUAAUUAUAGGCAACCAGGCCUGUCCAGCAUUUUUAUAUAUGAUCCUAAGCAUGCUGGGAUGUUAUUUGCUUAAUUAACGCAUGAGCCACACCUGUGUGGAAGCCCUUGCUUUCAAUAUACUUGGUGUCCCUCAUUUACCCAGGUGUUUCCAUUUUUUUGUUCACUACCUGUACAUUCAAGUACAAUAGAACACCUUUAAACCUCCCUGGGAGCAAAGUAUGUUUAAAUCUGCUGUAUUUUAACACCAGAGCUUAUGCUAAUGGAGAAGCUGCAUCCUAGUUUUCCAAACGAGAAGGAUACCUUCUAAUUCCCUUUUCGAAGUUUACCUUGUCUUCAUAGCUUUGCAUUAUUUUGGUGUGCUUUGUAUGCGUGGAGACAACUAUGCAUGAAAUACAGCUCCUAUUGUAUCAGUGAGCGACGGCAUUAAACUUUCACAUCUAAGAUAGGUCCACCUUCUAAUGAAUUUGAUUUCCCCUGGCUCUCCUUUUUCGUUUUACUAUCUGAUUUUGUAUCUGUUUUCUGGGGGGGUGGGACACUAUAAGCCACUAUAAUAAAGCUAUCUCGGCCAUCUCAGGGCCAUUAAAGACCCUUUAACUCCAGUGGGGAAUAUUGAGUAGUAUUGAGUAGCAGGUGCAGACGCUGCCAAUCCCAAUCCCUCAAUAGUGGACAUGCCUUCAGUCAGACAGCUGUAAGCGCACGUAUGACAUCACAUUUUUGUCCAGUCUGGAUGGUUUUUUUUUUUGGUUUUUUUUCUGGAUCCUUUAAAAAGUUCAGAAGCGACCGGGGAAAGAUGUUUCCUUGAGUCUUCAAGCUGUUCCUAUGAACACUGCAAGAACGAGUGUGCCUGAGGCCAGCCAACCUACAGAGCAUGCUUAGUUGUGGGCAAUAACACCAUGAGAACAGAGUAACAUCUAAAUCAUCCAAGAGAAUAAACUAAUGGGAUUUCAAGAAACACUUUUGACAGCUUGGAAGUUUUAAUUAGAAGUUUUAGAUUUCACCUGCCUGGUAGAUUGAUCUGUUUUCUGUGAAUUAAUAAUAUCAGGCCACAUCUGGGUUUUUUAAUCCCCGCCUUCCCAGUUUAAAAAUAAAAAAAGAACAUCAAGCCAUAAGCUUGUAAGAGAUGCCUGUAACCUGCAAUGCCUCCUAGUCAGGAUUGAAAGAGAAAAGCAGAAUGACACACUUUCACAGGAGAUUGUUUAGGGUAGUGCUGAUUACUGUGAUACAGGGCUCUUCCUGCCUUUAUGCCUUUUUUGUUUGCGCCAACUGAAAAAUCCUAAUUACUGUACAUCAAUUAAACCUCAUAAUAAAUCAAUCUGGUUGCCUUCAUUACAUAUUUUGUUAAUUGACUAUAUUAAUAGACCUUGGAUCUAUUUAAACAAUCUCCGCAAAAUGCAAGGAUAUUAAAUUCAAACUAGCGAUGAACAUAUGACCGUUAUUGGACACAAUAAUAUGAUCCGCAGCCAUUUAUAUCAAUUGAAAAUGUCCCUAAAGUAUUUCAUUUGUGGGCACAAGAUUUCAGUCUAUAUAUAUAGAAUGGUAUCCUUCAUAAUCUUUGAACAGCCUUCAUGGGAACAAUCUAUCUCAACCACUUAGAGCCCCGUCCUCCCUCUCCAUGUUUGUGAUGGUGAUCUACUAAGAUUAUCUCUGGCUAAUGUUAUCAUCCUAACGCGAGGUAGGAAACAAAUGCAGUCAAUAUUGUGAUACCAUUAUGAUUUAAGAUGGGGCUAUUUGAAGUCAACUUCAGUCUCUCAAACCUGCAACAAAGAAAACGGUUGACCUUUUUUUUUUAAUUUGCUUUCUACUGUCUUACAAAAUAAAUGUAUUACUGCUAACCUGUUGCAUGCUAUCCCAAUAGAUAACACUUUGCGUUUCUUAUUGUAGUAACUUUUUAAUGUAAGAAAAGACUAGUUUUAGUUACAUUGAUGCAAAGUGUGAGACCUAUGCAGCUUGUCACUGUUCACAGUGUGUUCAGCUUUAAGGUAUUUGUUUGUAAAGAACGCAUGGCAGUUUGUUUUUUCUGUCUGCAUCAGUUCCAACAGCAGCCCCUGCAAGUGUGGCUGUAACUAGCUAUGAGGACAGCGAGGCCGUGUCCUCGGUUAUUUUUUUGCAUCAUCAAUGCUGAUGCUCAUGUAAAAAUUCUGGUACAAAAGACUUUAAUUUUCUCUGUUGGUUUGCCAUGUAACACAGAUUUGGAGGGUGAAUAGUAAACACCAAGCAGUCAUAUAAAUACUGCAGCUAUAGCUUGAAACCAAGUUUGACCUCGGUAGAAUGUCAGCUCUGGUUACAACGCUGUCUACAAGUAACACUGACUGCCUAGCUUGUGUGGCCCCUGCUUCUGCUACUGUUGUGACAGUCAGCACUGCCUAGAAAACAUGUUUACAAAUGGCUGCUAGUUCUCAAAUGUUUUACCAUUUUGUUUUGCAAAUAAUAAAGCAGAGCUCUUAGAAAGGAACACAUGAGCCCAUGCUUGCGUUUCCCAUGUAGGAAUUACAUGAAAUACAUUACAUAUAUUGCCCCCCAAAAUUAGCUGAAGUUGAAUUCCUGUGCAAGGUCUGACAGUUUAUAAAAUGCUAAAGAAUGAAAGUCAGGUCCAGGCCUUUUCUCUGUGUGAGAAAUGCAGGUUAAAAGAGGAAAUGAAAGAUUUGAGGAAGGAAUUCAGUAUCAACUGCUGUUAGCUCCCAUACCACAGCAUCAUGCACGUCCUCCUGUCAUCACCUUCAGCAGAGGUGACUGAAAUCGGUACAGCAAAAGAGACACAUUUUUAAUCCAUUUCAUUUUUGUGCUUCCAUCUAAUGUUAGUGCUCAAGGGUUCUUCCUAAGCUCUGUAAAACUAAACACUUCCUUGUUUUUUUUUUUUGCUCUGUAAAAACAUGAUUGCUGUGAACGAUGUAUUAUACAACUGUAACUCGUCUGUAUCAUCCCAAAUGGGCUGUAGUUUAAUCAGUGUCUCAAGAUAUUUGAGUGUUGGAGUCUUCAAAUGUUUAUGUACAAUUAACAACUUGUGGGAUAUUAAAUAAACGUGGAACUUAUGCAACUGGC